AUGUCAACUGUUUCAAAGCGUCAAAACGCUAACACCAAUAGCGUCAGCAACUCUGAUGUUGAUUUCAGCUCCAACCUUACCGAUAAGCAACGUAAGGAGCUAGAGGACCUCAAGAAGCCAGCCAAAGCCAAUGAAUUCGGUGGUGCCAUCGGAACUCCAUUGCUUACAUUUGGUUUGCCAAUCUUGGUCUACUGGUUGUGGGCAUCGCUCGAGUUUAACCAAGGUUACCCAUUGCGUCCAGAGGAAUUGAGCGUCGCCGGAUUCCAAAAGUUCUUUGUUGACCUCUACUACCUCGUCAUCUCUUAUGCCUACCCAACCAAGGAAGCCGCCGUUAUCUACUUUGCCUGGUUCUUCUUCCAAGCAUUCUUGCAACACUUUGUCCCAGGAAAAGCCACCCUCGGUAGUCCCCUCCCAGGUGGUAAGCGUUUGCCAUACGUUCUCAACGGUUGGGCUUCAUGGUGGAUCACCAUGAUUGCCGUUCCAGCCGGUGCCUACUUUGGAUUGUACAAAGCAACCAUCCUCUACGACCACUACGCCCCAAUGUUGACCGUCGUCAACAUCUGGUCGUUCGUCUUUACCAUCCUCUUGAAGAUCCACGCCAAGAUCAAGGAUGAGGAAGAGCGUAUGUCUGGUUACUUCUUCUACGAUUUCUGGAUGGGAUUUGCCCGUAAUCCACGUAUUGGUUCAUUCGAUCUCAAGUUGUUCUGUGAAGCUCGUCCAGGUUUGAUCCUCUGGGUCUUGUUCAACUUCUCCAUUGCCGCCAAGCAAUACGAGCAAUUCGGAUUCAUCCCAAUUUCAACCAUCAUGGUUUCCGCCUUCCACGCCUGGUACAUCGCUGACUACUACUACCACGAAGAAGCUAUCCUCACCACCAUGGACAUUAUCACUGAGAAGUUUGGUUACAUGUUGGUCUAUGGUGAUCUCGCCUGGGUUCCAUUCACCUACUGCUUCCAAACCUACUACAUCUUGAAGCACACCGAUGCCGCCGGUAAGCCAAUCCAAAUCACCAACGAGUACGCUCUCCUCGUAUUGGCCAUCUUCUCUGUCGGUUUCUACUUGUUCCGUUGGGUCAACUCACAAAAGCACGCUUUCCGUCGUAAUCCAGAGAAUCCAAUCUGGGGUAAGCGUCCAGAGUUUAUCGCCACCAAGCGUGGUACCAAGUUGUUGGUAUCCGGUUUCUGGGGUAUCUGCCGUCAUCUCAACUACACUGGUGAUAUCAUCAUCUCAUGGGCCUGGUGUUUGCCAUGUGGUUUCGACUCAAUCGUUCCAUACUUCUACGGUAUCUACUUUACCACUCUUGAUUUCCAUCGUUGCCACCGUGAUCAUCGUGCAUGCCUUGAGAAGUACGGAGAUGACUGGAAGGAGUAUUGCCGUCGUGUACCAUACGUAUUCAUCCCAUACAUCUUCUAA